AUGUACACGGUCACAAUGGAAGCCACAGAGGAGAAGAAGUUCAAUGAUCCUGUGGUUUUAGUUCACGGAUUUGGAGCCGGUGUUGCUGUUUGGUGUGCGAAUAUCACCGCAUUGGCUAAGCAUCACUGUGUUCACGCCUUCGAUUUGCUAGGAUUCGGACGUUCUUCACGACCUCCAUUCAAUAGUGACCCCAUGCUAGCUGAACUGGAAAUGGUGGAAUCCAUUGAACGCUGGAGAAAAGCAAUGCGCAUAAAGAGAAUGUACCUCGUCGCCCAUUCUUUCGGGGCAUACCUUGCUUCUUCUUAUGCGUUGAAGUUUCCAAACCGUCUUAAACAUCUUGUCCUAGUCGAUCCAUGGGGAUUUCCCGAAAAGGCUACAUCACUUGAGAAGCAAGUAAAUCCCUAUCCGUGGUUAUCUGUUGCUGGUCGGAUUUUGUCACAUGUCAAUCCUUUGGCUGCUUUGCGUUUUGCCGGGCCUCUAUACGGCCCAGUACUUGUGAAAAUUCUCCGACCGGACCUAGGUUCUCGUUACAGAAGUGAGAACGAGGAUGAUAUAUACAUCUAUUUGUAUUACUGUAAUUCGAAAAACCCUACUGGUGAAACUGCGUUCAAGAAGAUGACUCUUCCGUUGGGUUGGGCUAAACGACCGAUGAUCAAGAGAUUUCACGGAAUCGAUAAAAGCGUCCCAGUAACAUUUAUUUAUGGGAGUAGGAGUUGGAUUGAUCCUGCAUCAGCUUUCGAAAUUCAGACCAAAAGAGAUGGCGUUGAUGUACAGGUCAUACUUGGAGCUGGACAUCACGUUUACGCUGAUUCCCCAGCAGCUUUCAAUGAUGUCAUUUAUUCAGUCAUUACUGGUGAAAGGAAUAGAUCCAACAGUUAG